UAGUUUUACAUUGUCAGACCUCAGAUCUAACCUAGACUUGCAACUAAAAUUCUAUAGAGCUGUGGCCAAGUCACUGCCAUUUUUUUUUUUUUUUUUUUUUAUUGCUCCUGCAGCUAGUUACUGGACCGGCCAGCCGACUCAGCUUCCUGCGCACGUUGAUCUCUCAAUGCCUAGUUUUCUUUUCUGUUAAAUAAUAGCUUGGAGAAUGUUGUUGUAAGGGUGAGAUUACAUAUGUGAAAAUGCCGGUUAUCCUCAAAUGAUUUCAUGUGGAUGGGGUAUCUGCAUGGCAGUUGUUUCUUAUGGCAUCAAAUGAUAAACAAGAUUGUCUCACUGGCCACAAUCAAUGUCCUUGCCUUUAUGAUACAUCAAUGUGGGGAUCUAUCUUGGCUUCAGUGAAAGAACAGCUCCCAUCUUUUGACUCAGAUUCUUCCUCGUCAGAUGAAGAAGAUGGGGAAUUAUUCAUCUUCCAACGAGAUGAAGAAGAUCUGAUUCCAGAUUUAACUGAAGAAUUGGCAGAUGAUCCAGACAUUCAGCAGCUUCUGGAAUCUGUGAAAAACACUGGAAAGAACUGGUAUGAAGAAAUAAAGGAUUCAGCUGUUCUUCAAGGGAAAGACUCUAGUAGGCCUUUGCUGAUUAGCCCAGCAUUUGGAGACAAAGAUGAAAAUCAAACAGGCAUUUAUUUCAGAAUCACUGAAGAGAAUACCAAGUGGCAGAAAGGAGAUAACUGGGACUUGUUUAGGUCUAGAUCUCAGGCUCUUAUCACAAGACCCCAAGUAGAAGAGUUUCCAACUUCAACCUAUAAAAAAGAUCUCACAAUUGGCAAUUUAGGGACUGGUAAUUUAUCUCCUUUUGAAGAGUCUGAUUCCACAAAUAUAAAGGCUAUCAGAAAAGAAAGAAGAAAGAUGAUAGAGAAAAACAUACUUCGCAAGGAAAUCAAGGAGUUUCCACUUGAAAAUUUAAAUUAUUCACAUUUCACAAAAUCCAUAUCCCAUGAAUCCACUGAGUCAGGGGAUGUAGAAGAAAAGAUUCCAGCCAAACAUGAAGGCUUGAAACUUGAAUCCACUGAGUCAGAAGUUGUAGAAAAAAAGAUGCCAGCCAAAUAUGAAGGCCUGAAACUCCGGUCUCUUGAGAUACUUGAAGAGUGGGAUUUAGAUGAGCUACUUCAAAAUCUGGAGGCACAAAAAGGCCAGGGAGAAUGUACAAGACGAGCCAUGUGCUGGGAAGUCGAGCCACCUUCUAAAAGCCGAGAAAACCUUGUGUCCAACUCCCAGGACAAGCUUAUGGAGCAAUUAGUUGCCCUCUGCGCCAGACAAUCUAAAAGUUUAUCUUCAUCCUAUAAGAAGACAUCUGAUGAGCUCAUGGAGGACCAGACCAGAAACAGAAGUUCUAGCUGUAUAUCACAUCUAACAGGAGGACAGAGUCAUGACAUGGCUAAAGGCACAAAGCUGAAGGGGAUAAUGGAACCUCCCACAGUUUUCAUUGACCUCAGGCAACCUGACCCGAAGAAAUCAGUGCCUCUGAUCAGGGCCUCUGGGUCAGAAUACAGAUUCCAGAAUCAAAUAGAAGAGUUCAGCUCCAGUGAUAACUCUACAGAAAGUGAGGAGGAGACUCCAGAUAUGAGAUUUGAGAAAGGACCCAGAGAGAGAAUUUCACAAAGACCAAGGGACCAGACUGGGAAAAGUUACCUGUUACAACAGCUUCGUGCUUUCCAGAAGACCUCUCAGUCAUGUGGUACUGAAACUAAAGUAAUUACUCAAAAUACUCAGGAUACUGAAGUUUUUGAAGACAUGGCCAAGGUGGGAAUCAGGAGAAAACAAGUGAUAACAAGAGAGAGACAUCAGAACAUUUCAGAAAGGCCACUGGCAUCCAAAUACCUUCCACUCCUGGACCUAGAGGCCAAAGUAGUUGGAAGAACUAAUGUGGAAUGUAACUGUCUGCCUAACCUUCAAAAGCAUUCACCAACAUGGAGCCCACAACUACUCUCAAAGAAGCAAUUCAAAUAAGCAUCUCUUGGCAUAACAAAAUGAGUUGACUUCAUGGAAGGAGUAGAAAGAAUUUCAGAUCAGUGUCCUGCACUGCACUAGAUAAAAGCUCCUGGCAAAGAUUACAACCUUCCAAAACGGCCACUUACACCAUGAAGAAGCUCUUAAACCACUUCAUUGAUAAAGGAAGCUUUGCUUUCCCAUGGCAUGGGAUGCACAUUCAUGGGUUUGCCCUAUAUCAGGCAAAUGAGGAAACACAUCACAGCCUUUGAUAUCUGCCAAGAUAUGAAAGCAGCAAAUCAUAGGAGGCAUUCUUCAGUCAUCACUUAGAUUUCCUUUUGUUUCUUGGAAGUAAAGAGACCUGGGCCAUGGCUCAUAAGUUUUUUCAUCUCUUAUCUAUCAGGACCCUGACUGUGCAGGAGCUAGGGAGGCAGCAGAAGACUCAGCCAUCAGCCCAGUAAACACUAGGUUGAGGAAGAUAAUUUAAACUAGUUUUCAAGAAAAUCAGAAAAGGACCUCUAGUCUUGACUGUGACCAGGAACAAGCCCAGACUGCUUUGAAUAGUUAUGGCUUCCCUGGACCCUAAAUAACCUCCACCCACAUCCGUAUGUCCUUAGACUACUGUAGGACCAGAACUUCCAUUUGAUGUUGGCAUAGAGCUGCCCAACAUUUUACUACUUGGUAUUCAAAGGCUUCUUGUUUUUAAAUUCCAGUGUUUCUCUUUUCCCUUUUAGUAUCAGCAAAUGUAUUAAAAUAUUUAUUUCUCCAAUAAAGUAAUGGAAUGUCAACUUUUAA